ACUCCUUACCCCUCACGGGGCAAAAAACGGCAGCUAAGAAAGGGAAUCGUUGAAACGUGCAGCCCUCGGGCCUCCGAGGGGGAACUGAAAGAAUUUUUCCUCACAAACUGCUGGUGCACGGCGGCUGCGCUGCCAUACGGCGCACGGCAGCCGCCGCCUGGGGGCGACCCUAUGUGGGGCGCGCUCGGUGCUCCGGUUCUGCAGGAACCGCCAUGGCGGCGGUGCAGGAUGUGGAGAUCGACCCGGAGGGCACCUUCAAGUACAUCUUGGUGCGGCUGCAGCGGCCGGGCGGCGAGGGGCAGCGUCACAUCGUGCGGGGCACCAAGGCGGCCGAGUUCCACAAUCACAUAUUUGAAAAAGUGAAUCCUGAAAUGGAAAAGCUGGGAUACGAAUGCAAGUGCCUUGGAGGAGGGAAAAUUGAUCAUAAUAGCAAAGACAAGAAAAUUAGGGUAUUUGGGCUCUCUACAGGCUAUGGAAAAGCAGAUCAUUCAGUGACUGUAGAGAUAUUGAAAAAGGUGUAUACAGAUUAUGAAAUUACAUGGUCAGAUGACAAGAAAUAAAUUGGCUACUUACGAAUGUGACAUGCAGUUCAAAACUGGUAACUUUUUGAGUUGUACUUCAAUAAAACUACAUGUCUGUAUGCAUGUUAUAAAUCUGGA